CACUCACCAACCCAUUUGCCCACAUAUAUAUUCUCUCUCGUUCGUAUACCCUCUCACGCACACUUUUGCGGGGUUUGUCCAUGCGCAGCUUCAUACAACAUCGGACCACAAAUUAGUUGAAGAUCCUCUCAUCUGUGAGUUCAUUCAUUCGCCUCAAUUUGAAUUUCCCCAAACUUUAUUUUCAAUUUCUCUUUUAUAUAAAUCCCCCUGUAAUUCCGUCCAAUUUGCAUCAAAUUGGAAGAAAUUGCAUAAAGAAAUUCAAUCUUUGUUCUUUUUGAUUGAAUCUUUAUUGUUUUUGCCCCUUUUUAGCUCAGUCCAAAUAGUGGGGUUUUUCUUUUUGUAAUUUAUAAUUUUCUGUUGAAAAAAUGGGCUGUACUGUGAGGGAAAAGCACAUUAGAACGAGUAGAAGAUCACGAUCGAUGAAACCCACAAACACAGAUGUUGAUAAUCUUCAUCAUCAUCAAAAUGCUUUUAUUGAAAGUGUUUUUAAUGAAAGAAAUUCAGCACUAGCUAAAUCUGUGCUUGAAUCUGGGUUUAAACCAUGGGCAUUUAACAUGGGUUUUAAUGAUUCUAUGCAAAAUAGUGUUUCAAACCCUAAUAAUAACAAUAACUCUAACCCAAAUUCUAGUAAUACCCAGAGCCCUAGUUUUGAAGAGUGUGGAUGGGGUUAUUGUACCGAGGAUCAAUUAGAGGAAAUUUUGUUGAAGCAAUUGGAGUUUUUGUAUAACGAGGCGGUUUCAAAGCUUAUUGCUUUAGGGUAUAAUGAGGAGGUUGCGUUGAAAGGGGUGUUGAAGAAUGGGCAUUGCUAUGGGAGUAUGGAUGUCUUGACUAAUAUCUUGCAAAAUACAUUGGCUUAUUUAAAUAGUGGGUGUUGUGGAAAUGAUGGGGGUCCUGAGCAGUCCGACCUUAUUUUUCCGGAUUUGACCAAUUUGGAGGAGUAUUCCCUCGCGGGUAUGAUUUGUUUGUUGCAGCAAGUUCGCCCCAAUUUGAGUCGAGGUGAUGCAAUGUGGUGCCUUCUUAUGAGUGAUCUCCAUGUGGGUAGGGCGAGUACUAUUGAAAUUCCUAUGCUUUCCUCACCUAGUAAUGUGUGUGGUAGUAAUGCAGUGAAAAGUGCGGAAAGUGUUAGUACCAAACCACCCUCUGGCUCUGGAGUUAGUGUCACCCCUGGGUUGUGUAAAUUCCAUGGGGGUUGGGGUUUCGGAAAUGGACCUGAUUCGGACCUUCCUGUUAGUGGGUUUGGUGGACUUUUCUCGUGUUCAGAAGCGAGCAUUGAGAGAGAGAUUGAUUUUGCUAAGAGGUUUAAUCUCAAUCCUUCUUUGAAGUCCUUGUUGAAGAGGAAUGUUGCAGCGUUUGCUGCUGGGUACCGCUCUAAACAGAAGUUACAAGUUCAACCUCAACCUUGUACUAGCCCUGCAGUUAGUGGGAAUUCAUCAAAAGAAACCGUACCAGCUGUUGAUGUGCCAAGUGAGCCGUGUGUGGAAUCUAAUGAUAACAACCAAGACAAUGUGAAUUCUAUCAUGAGUAAAUUUCGAGAUUUGAAUCUUGGUGAAAAUUUAGAGAGUGUUACGGAGGAACAGAAGGAUGAUAUGAUUGUAACUUUGUUGCAUCAAGUGAAGGAUUUAGAGAAGCAGGUGAAUGAGCGUAAGGAAUGGGCUCACCAGAAGGCGAUGCAAGCUGCUAGAAAGCUUAGCAGUGAUUUGACAGAACUUAAGACAUUAAGAACUGAGAGGGAGGAGACUCAGAGGGUAAAAAAGGGUAAGCAAACCCUGGAAGAUUCAACAAUGAAGAGGUUAUCUGAAAUGGAGAAUGCACUGAGGAAGGCUAGCGGUGAGGUUGACCGUGCAAAUGCAGCUGUUAGACAGCUCGAGGUUGAGAAUGCGGAAAUUAGAGCUGAAAUGGAGGCUUCUAAGUUGAGUGCAUCAGAGUCAGUCACAACGUGUUUGGAGGUUGCAAAGCGAGAGAAGAAGUGUUUGAAAAGACUCCUGGCGUGGGAGAAACAGAAAAUGAAGAUGCAGGAGGAAAUUGCUGCUGAAAAACAGAAGAUUUCUGACUUGCAACAGCAGUUUCUGCAGAUUAUUGCAGCUCAAAAGGAAGCUGAGGCAAAGUGGAAGAAGGAAGUGAAGGAAAAGGAUCUUGCAGUGACCCAAGUGGAGGAAGAAAGGCGUUCCAAAGAAGCAACAGAGGGAAACAACAAAAGAAAGGUUGAAGCCUUGCGUUUAAGGAUAGAUAUAGACUUCCAGCGUCACAAGGAUGAUCUCCAAAGGCUCGAGCAGGAACUUUCCCGCCUUAAAGCAAGUAGUGCACAUCUCAUUGAACCAAAUCAUGAUUCAUCAGACGCUUUUGUUACAGGUAUCCCGAAAAAUGAAGGGGAAACUAUUGCAAGGCUUCUUCUUCGGGAAUUGGAUGAACCCGAGAAGGAAGAAGGGUCAGAAUCAGAGAGAGAGUGCUUGAUUUGUAUGAAAGAGGAAGUCUCUGUUGUUUUCCUUCCUUGCGCGCAUCAAGUAAUGUGUGCGAAUUGUGGCGAGGAUUAUGGAAAGAAGGGUAAAGAGACUUGCCCGUGUUGCCGGUGUCCCAUUGAACAGAGGAUACGUGUGUUUGGUGCCAGCUCAUAGACGCGUUCACACAGUUUGUUGCUGAACUUUUUACAGCACAGCGAAGAACUUUUACCGGUGAUUGCAAAUCUGCAGGAAAACUUGUAUGUAAAUAAAUAAAAACCGUUAAUGUGGUUCUGUUUUCAAAAUAUUGAAGCAUGAAAUGCUAUGAAAUAAGUCACUGGGAAGGUGUUUCGACAUGGUUUACCAGUUACCAGUUUGUCUGACUAUACAGAAACUUUAUAUGGUAUAUAUUACAGAACCUUGUUGAGAAGGGAAAGUUUAUGUUAAAUCUCUCAUGGUAAAUUGUUGUUUCCUCUAA